AUGCAGCCGAAGCAGCAACAGCAGCAAAAGCAGCAUGCAGGCCCCGUCCUCUGGAGCCUCCGCGCUCUAUCACGCUCCUUGCUUAGCCUGUCUCCUGCGGUCACCGCUCGCAAUCCUUUGCCUCUUCGACGCUUGGAUGCCCCUCCCAGCCUCGUCACCAACAACGAUCUUCACCCUCCACCGCUCGACUCGUAUCCAUCCGCCUAA